CAUGCCUGCAUAAUGAAACGCCAGACGGCUGGUGCAUAUAGUUGCACAAAGCCCGAGGCAAAGCCAUUUGCAGCCUUCAUUCAGCCGACUGAAUUCCUGAAGCGACUGAUCUGCCGUUGGCGUUGCAAGGGCUGCGCGCCCAUCAUACAUACUCAUUAGUUAUAAAUUAGAGCGCAAUCUAGAGAAGGAGCCCCGAAUUUGAAGCGCUGUUCAGCGGCGUGCUCUGAGUUGGUUAGCCCCCAGCUGAAGCACAAUGGCCCGUGACGAGGAGAAGAAGGAGAAGAAGAGCAAGGAAGAGAAGGGGGACAAGGAGAAGAAGGAGAAGAAGGACAAGGAGGACAAGCCCAAGAAGGAGAAGUCUGACAAGGACAAGAGCGACAAGAAGGACAAGUCCGAGAAGUCAGGAGACAAGGAGAAGAAGGACAAGAAAGACAAGAAGGAGAAGGAGAGUGACAAGCCCUCGAGCUCUCGCGCGCCGCCGCCCGCGCGCGGCCCGCCCGCUCGUGGCCCUGCCAAGGCGCCUGCCGCGGCCGCUGGCAAUGACUACCUUGCCGGCAUUGACCUGCCCUCCAGCGAGGAGGAGGAGGAGUUUGAGGAGCGCGGCCGCGUGGACGAGGAGGCCACCCGUGCGCCCAUCAUGGCGGGAAGCAGCCGCGAGAACAAGAAGAUCGCGGAUAAGGAGCGCAAGGCGCUAGAGGCGGCGGUGCGCGCCAAGGAGGACGCCCUGCGCGAGGACGAGAACGUGUUCGACGUGUCGUACGAGGGCAUGGGCGAGGAGGUGUCAGCCACCGCCACUGACGUCAAGGUCCAAAAUCUGACGGUGCGCGCCAAGGGUAAGCUGCUGCUGGAGAACACGUCGGUGACCAUUGCGGCGGGCCGGCGCUACGGCCUGGUGGGCCCCAACGGCCGCGGCAAGUCCACGCUGCUGCGGCUGAUGGCCAAGCGGCAGAUCCCGGUGCCGCAGGGCAUCGACGUGCUGCUGGUGGAGCAGGAGAUUGUGGGAGACGAGAGGACGGCGCUGCAGGCGGUGGUGGAGGCGGACGUGGAGUUGAUGGGGCUGCGCGCCGAGGAGAAGGACCUCAUGGAGGCGCUGCAGGACGAGGCCAAGCAGCCGGCGGGCUUCUGCCACGACACGGCGCAGGACCGCCUGAACGAGGUGUACGAGCGCAUGGCGCAGAUCGGCGCCUCCAGCGCGGAGAGCCGCGCCAGCAAGAUCCUGCACGGCCUGGGCUUCACGGAGGGCAUGCAGCGGCGCUCCACGCAGUCGUUCAGUGGCGGCUGGCGCAUGCGCAUCUCGCUGGCCCGUGCGCUGUACAUCCAGCCCACGCUGCUGCUGCUGGACGAGCCCACCAACCACCUGGACCUGCGCGCCGUGCUGUGGCUGGAGGAGUACCUCAUGCGCUGGAAGAAGACCCUCAUCGUGGUGUCGCACGACCGCGACUUCCUCAACUCGGUCACCACCGACAUCAUCCACCUGCACGACAACAUGCUGCACCAGUACCGCGGCAACUUCGCGCAGUUUGAGGAGAUGUACGAGCAGAAGCGCCGCGAGGUCAACAAGGCUUUUGAAAAGUACGAGAAGCAGCUCAAGGCCGCCAAGUCGGGCGGCGGCAAGGAUGCAAAGGCCAAGGCGGAGAAGGUGACCAACAACGCGACGAAGACCAACGCCAAGCGGCGCGGCGGCGGCAAUGACGACGGCGCCUCCAGCUCCGCCGCCGCGGCGCCGCAGCGCUGGUCGGACUAUACAGUGGAGUUCCACUUCCCCGAGCCCACCGAGCUGCCGCCGCCGCUGAUGCAGCUCAUCGAUGUGGACUUCAAAUACCCCGGCCGGGAGGACUUCGGCCUGAAGGACGUCAACCUGGGUGUGGACAUGGGGUCACGCAUCGCCAUCGUCGGCCCCAACGGCGCCGGCAAGACGACGCUGAUGAACCUGCUGUCGGGCGACAUCGUGCCCGUCACCGGCGAGUCGCGCCGCAGCCACAAGCUGCGCAUCGGGAGAUACGCGCAGCACUUUGUGGACGCGCUGUCGUUCGACGAGAACCCGGUGGAGUACCUCAUGAACCGCUUCCCCACGGCGGGCCUGAAGCCGGAGGGCAUGCGCGCCAUGCUGGGCCGCUUCGGCCUCAGCGGCCAGCACCACCUCACGCCCAUCUGCAAGCUGUCGGGUGGCCAGAAGGCGCGUGUGGUGUUCACCUCCAUCUGCCUCACCAACCCGCACAUCCUGCUGCUGGACGAGCCCACCAACCAUCUGGACAUGCAGUCCAUCGACGCGCUUUGCGACGCCAUCAGCGAGUUCGAGGGCGGCGUGAUCGUGAUCAGCCACGACGCGCAGCUGCUGUCGCGGCUGUGCGAGGACGAGGAGCGCAGCCAGGUGCUGGUGGUGGAAGACGGCAAGAUCCGGCAGUAUGCCGGCGACUUCGAGGACUACCGCGCCGAGCUCAUCCGCGAGAUCACGGCGGAGCUGGACGAGGAUUAGGCAGGCGUGUUGAGUGUUUUCGGGGAGGGUGUGGUCGUGCGGAGUGUUGGAUGGUGGGGUAUUAGGAGUGGAGUGGAGCGCGGUGAGGCUGUUUGUGUGUGCAUGUGGUUUGUAGCACUGUUGAGGGAACUUAAAAGUAUUGUUAAUUGUAACAGAGAGAGGGAGGAAUGAGGAGGCAAGGCAAAGCCAGGGCGGGAAGUUGCAGAGGGAUGAGCGGCACGGCAAGCGAAGGAUGACGCGGCAAGGAGCUGUGGGCGGAGGUGUUCAGGGCUUGCAGAGAGUCGCGAAGAGGCCUUAGAGCGUGCUGUGUGAGCAUAUUGCCGAUAAGGGCUGCCGAUGUCGCAUGGAGGUGAAGUGCUAGACGCACUCAGCGCUGGUAGAAGACACGGGGCACGUACAAGGUCGCAGCGUUUGUGUCUGUUGUCGCACGCUCGCGCGGCCCUGUCUGCCCCGAAUCCGUGCCUGUGGAACACGACCGCGGUAUUGCCGGUCCGUACGGUUUGGUAAGAGAGUUUUACUGUUGCGCGGUCACAGUGCGUGCGCGCGCAUCAGCACAUAGAAGGUAGAGCAUAGAUGCAAACGAGUUCGAACGAGGCACGUGAGCCUGUGAUGUACCAAGGCUGUACGGUUCACGAGGGCUUUGCAACGUCUCCACAGGGCACAGGCUGCAUGGCGGCCUCGGCUGGUACACGCAUGACAAUUACUGAAUUACAAUGUGCACAGAGUCCUGAGCCUGCUUCGCUCGCCUUCCAGUUUUGUAAAACAGUAAAAGG